AUGUCCAGAAGAGCUGCAAGGAACAGUGAAAGAAAAGGCACUGUUCUCCCAACGUGUAGGGACAAGCCACAGGAGAAGGAAACUGGCUACAGGUGGAGAAAGUCCUGGAGACUGGAAUCUCAGUUACUUCGAGAUUGCUCAGCUGUCUCCCUAGGGAGAAGCAGAGGGAAGCUCAUUGGGAAGUGGCUUUCCUCCAGCCCGGCAGAAUUCUCCAGCCUUGCGCAACACCCCAAUGUGAGACAUCCCGGUGGCCCCGACGACAUGAGAGUUCAGUACAAGGGCGCGGGUUUGAAUCCAGAUGCUCGGGGUAGAGAAAACGUAAAGAAUUGGAGGCGUCUCUACUACACUAGCGACUGUGGGGCGUCACUUUUACAUUGGUCUCAGAAGUCCUGGAUUGAAGGAGUCUUCGACAAAAGGGAAUGUAUCCAAUUUAUACCCAGCUCAAAAGAUCCUCACAGAUGCACUGCAGAAUGCCAAGUGUGCCAAAAUUUAAUAAGGUGUUAUUGUGGACGACUGAUUGGAGACCAUCAUGAGUUGGCAUAUCAUUGGGCUGCAUCUUCAACUGCCCAGGGCCAAGAAGAAGAAUGGUCUGUGGAAAAACACACAAAGAAAAGUCCUACUGAUACCUUUGGCACUAUUAACUUCCAGGAUGGAGAACAUACCUACCAUGCCAAGUAUAUACGAACAUCUUACGAUACAAAGUUGGAGCAACUGUUACAUCUGAUGUUGAAAGAAUGGAAAAUGGAACUGCCAAAGCUUGUCAUUUCUGUUCACGGAGGCAUUCAGAACUUUGAGUUGCCCUGCAAACUGAAGCAGGUGUUCAGUCAAGGGCUGAUCAAAGCUGCAGAGACAACAGGAGCAUGGAUAAUUACUGAAGGCAUCAACACAGGAAUUUCCAAGCAUGUUGGGGAUGCUCUCAAAGCACAUUCCUCUCAAAGCCUCAGAAAAAUCUGGACAGUUGGAAUUCCUCCUUGGGGGAUCGUGGAGAAUCAGAGAGAUCUUAUUGGAAAAGAUGUGGUCUGCCUGUAUCAAACUCUGGGCAAUCCUCUCAGCAAGCUGACCACCCUCAACAGCAUGCACUCACACUUCAUUCUGUCAGAUGAUGGUACCGUGGGAAAAUAUGGAAAUGAAAUGAAGCUCAGGAGGAACCUAGAAAAAUACCUUUCCUUGCAAAAAAUACAUUCCCGAAUGGGCCAACGUGUACCAGUGGUGGGUCUGGUGGUAGAAGGAGGUCCUAAUGUGAUCCUCAUGGUGUGGGAGUUUGUCAGAGACAGUUCCCCAGUUCCUGUGGUGGUCUGUGAGGGCACAGGCAGAGCUGCUGAUCUCCUGGCCUUCACUUACAAACACACAGUUGAUGAAGGGGAACUCCGUCCUUUGGUGAAGGAAGAGAUCAUUCACAUGAUUCAAAACACUUUCAAUUUUAGCCUUAAACAGUCCAAUCACCUUUUUAAAAUUCUGAUGGAGUGUAUGGAGCAUAAGGAGGCCAUCACCAUAUUUGAGGCUGAGUCAGAGGAGCAGCAAGACCUCGAUUUAGCAAUCCUGACUGCUCUGCUAAAAGGUACAAAUCUGUCAGCCUCAGAACAAUUAAACCUAGCAAUGGCCUGGAACAGAAUGGAUAUUGCUAAGAAGCAGAUUCUAAUUUAUGGACAACACUGGAAGGCUGGCUCUUUGGAACAAGCCAUGAUGGAUGCUUUAGUGAUGGAUCGGGUAGAUUUUGUGAAACUCUUAAUAGAAUAUGGAGUGAACCUGCAUCGUUUUCUCACUAUCUCCCGACUAGAAGAGCUCUACAAUACAAAACAAGGAUCUGUCAAUGUGCUCUUGAAUCAUCUUGUUCGAGAUGUAAAACAGAGCAAUCUUCCUUCAGACUACAGAAUAUCAUUGAUUGAUAUUGGAUUGGUGAUAGAGUACCUAAUUGGUGGAGCAUAUCGGAGCAGUUAUACAAGGAAGAAUUUCAGAACCCUGUAUAAUAACCUCUACAGAAAACAUAAGAGAGUGAGUUUAUCUCAUCCUUCCCAUCACCGGAUCAACCAUUCAAGAAGCCUGGGUGGAUCUGCUGAAAAUACUUUGCAUUCCCAGUUCAUUAGAACAGCACAACCAUACAAAUUCAAGGACAAGACAGUAGGCCUUCAUAAAUCAAGAAAGAAGUCAAAGGAAGAGCAAUAUUUACCAGAGGAUCCAGACUCUGCUGGCUUUAUUUACCCAUAUAAUGACUUGCUGGUUUGGGCAGUGCUGAUGAAAAGGCAGAAGAUGGCCAUGUUCUUUUGGCAGCAUGGAGAAGAAGCUAUGGUUAAGGCAGUAGUUGCUUGCAAACUGUAUCGGGCAAUGGCACAUGAAACUGAGGAGAGCAACAUGCUUGAUGGUGCCUCAGAAGAGUUUAAAAAUUACUCAAAAGAGUUUGGUCAGCUUGCUCUGGAUAUAUUAGAAAAAGCAUUUAAAAAGAAUGAGAGAAUGGCCAUGAAACUGCUGACCUAUGAACUGAAGAAUUGGAGUAACUCCACCUGCUUGAAACUGGCUGUGUCUGUUGGGUUACGAUCUUUUGUUUCUCAUACUUGUACUCAAAUGUUACUGACUGAUAUGUGGAUGGGACGACUGAAAAUGAGAAAGAAUGCAUGGUUAAAGGUAAUUUUAUAUACCUGGGAAAAUCAUCAAAAUAAUUAUACCACCUUGAUUAAGAAUUAUGAUUUUGAAAAAGGAUCUGAUGAGAAACCUGACGAUAACCAGAACUUUGCCUCAUAUCAUGGACCCCAAAGCCUUCCUGGAACCAGAAAAGUCUAUGAAUUCUACAAUGCUCCAAUUGUGAAGUUCUGGUUGUACACGAUGGCAUACUUGGCAUUUCUCAUGCUCUUCACAUAUACUGUCUUGGUAGAGAUGCAGCCUCAACCCACAGUGCAAGAGUGGCUUGUUAUUAUCUACAUUUUCACUACUGCCAUUGAGAAAGUCAGGGAGAUAUUUAUUUCAGAACCAGGAAAGUUCAUCCAAAAAGUGAAGGUGUGGAUUAAUGAAUACUGGAACUUAAUAGAAACUAUUGCCAUCAGCUUGUUCACAAUUGGUUUUGCCCUUCGAUGGGCUGAUCCUCCUACACAAACAGCUGGAAGGUUACUUUACUGUAUAGAUAUUAUAUUCUGGUAUUCUCGACUCUUGGACUUUCUUGCUGUGAAUCAACAUGCUGGUCCAUAUUUAACCAUGAUUGGGAAGAUGACAGCAAAUAUGUUCUACAUUGUGAUCAUGAUGGCUAUUGUGAUCUUGAGCUUUGGAGUGGCUCGACAAGCAAUUCUUUCUCCACAUGAGUCUCCAUCUUGGACACUGGCUCGUAAUAUUGUGUUUCAGCCAUACUGGAUGAUGUUCGGAGAGGUCUAUGCUGCAGAAAUAGAUGUUUGUGCAACUAACCCGAACUGCCCUCCUGGUUCCUUCCUCACUCCAUUCCUUCAAGCUGUCUACCUCUUUGUGCAGUAUAUCAUCAUGGUGAAUCUACUGAUUGCUUUCUUCAACAAUGUUUUCAAUCGAAUGAAGGCCAUUUCCAAUAAACUCUGGAAAUAUAAUCGCUACCGUUACAUCAUGACUUAUCAUGAGAAGCCAUGGCUGCCUCCACCUUUCAUCUUACUGAGUCAUAUAUUCCUCCUAUUCCGUUGCUUCUGUCAUCACCAAGCACCAAAUGAACUGGACCAAGAAGAGGGUGAUGUUGGAUUAAAACUCUACCUGAGUGAUGAGGAACUCAAGAAGCUCCAUGGUUUUGAGGAACAAUGUGUAAAAGAAUACUUCCAUGAGAAGAUGGAGUACCUGAAUUCCAGUUGUGGGGAGAGAAUACGAGAGACCUCUGAAAGGGUUUCAGAUAUGUUCUUCCAACUAAAAGAAGUGAAUGAGAGAGUGUCCUACAUAAAGGAGUCCUUGCUUUCUCUGGACAGCCAUGUGGGACACCUGCAAGAUCUCUCUGCUCUGACAUUGGAUACGUUGAAAGUACUUUCAGCUGUUGACACCCUGAAAAUUGAAGAAGCCCUUUUGGCCAGCUCAGAGCACACUGCUGGUAGAAAACUCCCCCACAGCUGGAGCAAUGUCAUCUGCACAGAGAUGCUGAGCAGCUUGGAAAAAUCUGGGGGAGUCAAGUGUCAGUACUAUAGCAUGCCCCCAUCCUUGCUUCAGAGCCGGACGAGAAGCCAGAACCUUUCUGGAAGGCAGAAGAGUUCCCUUUUAGAGAUCAUGGAUAGCCAAGAAGAGGAGGACCAGGAAAAGAAAGGAACACUAAGUGGUCCAGUUACUGUGUUCUUUAAUAGCAAAUCGCCUCCAAAGCUUAGUCAGUUUCUUCUUGUUUCUUCUAGUCCAACAAAGACUUCUUUGGCAAAAGAUGACAUGGCUCUAUCUCCUACAAAACCUGCAGCUGAGCCCAAGUUAGGCUGGUUGGCAACAGAGCAACAACAAACCAGUCAGGAAAAUUGUUCUCUUUGUCUUAAUUGUCAGACAUCAGCUGCUACUGACAAAGAGUCAGUUGAAGACUCUGCCUUGCCUAAACCUGCAAGAAAGAACAAUGGAAAUCUCCUUGGGCCCACUAACAAUUCUUCUACUUUGUCAAUAAAAAUGACUUCACUUCCUUUCCAACCAGACAGUCUGAGAGCAGGAGGUGGCUAUGUGAACUUGGCAUUUUCAGAAGGGGAUGAUGAAACUGGAGUGUUUAGCUCAAAGAAAAAAUGGCAUUCACAGUUGCCCUCCAGUUGCAAGUUGGAUUCUUCAGAUCCUGAUCGCUGCCAAGUCCAGUUGGGGAGAAGCAAAUCCUUUAAUUCUAACUCAACAAAGUCACUCCAAUGCAGUAACAUUUCAAAGUUAGGGUCAUGGCUCCAGCCAAACUCAAACAUUUGGAUCAAUCCCCUUCGUAGAGAUUGGACCUUUCUCCACCAUGGCAGCUUUAGACCUCACAAGGAGGAGAGACUGAUGAAGACCUGCGAAAAUAAAGAUUGUUCAAGACCCUCAGAGAAGUGCCAGUCGGUGUGGGCCAAAGCAAAAUUUCGGAGUAAAGAUAAGAAAUUGUUAAAAGAAAAGAAGAAACUACAACAAUUUCAAGUUCCGGUGAUAACAGUGAACAGCUGCUUACCAAGCACACAGAUGAAUUCAGAACCAGCAGAGAAAACUUUUUCAGGGGAAGAAAAGGAGGACAAUAAAAACUGGCUUACCGUCUCUGAAUUUAGUCAGAUAAAACCACAUAUAUUCCAGAAAAUGAAAUCUCAGGAAACUGGAAGACAUGCCGUUUGCAUCAGUGAUGAUCCAAAGCAACCCCAUGAGGAUUUGAACAAAAAUACUCAUUGGACCACUAAGAAGACUAGUCAGAAUCAGAACUCAGUGUCAAGAAGUUUAGAAGGAAUUGACAAGACCUCGGCCUGUUUAAAAACUACUCACGAUCUGCACCAUCAUUAUUCAGCUGUUGAAAGGAACAAUUUAAUGAGGCUUUCUCAGACCAUACCAUUUACCCCGAUACAACAGUUUGCUGGAGAAGAAGUGACCAUCUACAAGCUAGAAGAGAGUUCUCCUUUGAGCCUUGAUAAAAGCAUGUCCUCCUGGUCCCAACGUGGAACAGCGGCAAUAAUCCAGGUCUUAUCCCGGGAAGAGAUGGAUGGAGGACUCCGGAAAGCCAUGAAAGUAGUCAGCACGUGGUCUGAAGAUGAUGUGAUCAAGCCAGGGCAAGUUUUCAUUGUUAAGUCCUUUCUCCCUGAGGUGGUGCAGACCUGGCACAAGAUAUUCCGAGAACAUACUGUACUACAUCUAUGUCUCAGGGAAAUCCAACAACAAAGAGCUGCUCAAAAGCUGAUCUAUACCUUCAACCAAGUGAAGCCACAUACCAUUCCUUAUACACCAAGGUUCCUGGAUGUCUUUUUAAUAUAUUGCCAUUCUGCCAAUCAGUGGUUGACCAUAGAGAAAUACAUGACUGGUGAAUUCCGCAAGUUCAACAACAACAAUGGAGAUGAAAUCUCUCCCAGCAACACUUUGGAGGAGCUGAUGUUGGCUUUUUCUCACUGGACCUAUGAAUAUACCCGAGGAGAGCUACUUGUUCUCGAUUUGCAAGGUGUUGGAGAAAAUCUGACAGAUCCAUCUGUUAUUAAACCUGAAGACAAACAAUCAAGAGGGAUGGUGUUUGGACCGGCAAAUUUAGGAGAAGAUGCAAUUAGAAACUUCAUUGCAAAGCAUCGUUGCAAUUCGUGUUGUAGGAAGCUCAAACUCCCGGAUCUCAAAAGAAAUGACUACAGUCCUGGGAGGAUGAAUUCUACUUUUCAACUUCAAAGAAAAAUAGAACCAGCCAAAGAAUCUAUGGCAGAAGAGAGUGUUGGUGACCCCAAAGAUGAUCUCACACGCUUAUAAUGGAGAAGAAUGGAUAAAAGGG